AUGGCUAACAAGUUUUGCUUUGAAUCUCUUGACAAAUCCUUAAAGGAUAUUAUGAGUGGACCCACAAAGCCAUCUGAAACUGUGUUUGGAGGUAAGGUUGUUGUCUUUGGUGGUGACUUCAGACAAAUUCUCCCUGUUAUACCAAGAGGUACAAGAUCUGAUAUUAUCCAUGCCACAAUCAAUGCUUCUUAUAUUUGGGAUCAUUGUAGAGUAUUGAGGCUUACAAAGAACAUGUGCUUGCAAACUGGUCCACCUGAUUCUACAGCUGAUGACAUAAGGAGCUUUUCUGAGUGGAUUUUAAAUAUUGGAGAUGGUACCAUGUGUGAGCCAAACGAUGGCUAUGCUGAUAUUUGUAUUCUAGAUGAGUUCUUAAUUUCUAACUUUUCUGAUCCAAUUAAGGCAAUUGUUGAAGAUACAUACCCUGAUCUCAUUCAUAAUUAUCUUGAUUCCAACUAUCUGCAAAGUCGUGCGAUAUUGGCUUCAACAAUUGAAGUUGUUGAUGAUAUAAAUCAAUAUAUCACAGACCUUCUUCCAGGUAUUAAAAUUGCACUUAGUACAAUUUAUGAGAAGAGAAAGAAUACUUUAGUAGUGAUUCUAUUUGAUAAAUCUGAUGCAACUACCUUUGAUGCGUAUGAGCACGUGACACCCGAGUUCCUAAAUGCUCUUAAAACUUCAGGAUUGCCUAACCAUUCAAUCAAGUUGAAAGUUGGGGCCACUAUUAUGUUGAUGCGCAACCUAGAUCAGUCUGAAGGAUUGUGCAAUGGUACAAGGCUUACUGUAACCAGGCUUGCUGCUCAUGUCAUAGAAGCUAAGAUCAUUUCUGGAAAAAAUAUUGGUAAUCUCUUUUAUAUUCCUAGAAUGUCUUUGUCCCCAUCACAGUCCCCAUGGCCAUUUAAAAUGGUGAGACGCCAAUUUCCAAUUAUUGUUUCCUUUGCCAUGACUAUUAACAAGUCUCAAGGUCAAUCACUUGAUAAUGUUGGACUAUAUUUGCCAAUAGAGAUUUUUAGCCAUAUAUGUGGCUAUUUCAAGAGUCAAAUCCAAAAAGGGAUUAAGGAUUCUUAUUCAUGA